AUGGGCAUGCUGGACCCCUGGGGGUGCACCUGGAGGCUCCCAGCUCUGCUCUCACCUCCAGAUGCUGAGAAGACCCCGGGCUACUGGAAUAAAGGUGCCAGGAAGAGGCUGGAGUUGGCCCUGGCCUUGCAGCCUGCAGCACAGCGGGCCAAAAACAUCAUCCUCUUCAUGGGUGACGGCAUGGGGCUGUCCACCAUGUCAGCGGCUCGGAUCUACAAGGGGCAGCUGGCCGGUGGCUCAGGCGAGGAGAGCGUCUUGGCCAUGGAGACCUUUCCCCACACGGCCCUGGCCAAGACCUACACCAUCGACCGGCAGGUGCCUGACAGCGCUGGCACGGGCACUGCCUACCUCUGUGGGGUGAAGGCCAAUGCCAAGACUCUGGGGCUGAGCGGGGCAGCCGUCUAUGGAAAAUGCCACACCACCUUUGGCAAUGAGGUGGACUCUGUCCUGCACCGGGCCAGGCUGGCGGGCAAGUCUGUGGGCAUCGUGACGACCACGCGGGUGCAGCACGCGUCCCCCGGGGCAGCGUACGCGCACUCGGCCAGCCGGGGCUGGUACGCUGACGCCAACAUGCCCAAGGAGGCCCUGCGGGACGGCUGCAAGGACAUCGCCUACCAGCUGGUGCACAACACCGACAUCAACGUGAUCCUGGGCGGCGGGAGGAUGUACAUGACCCCCAAGCACACUCCGGACCCCGAGUAUCCAGAGGACCCGGAUCAAAAUGGCACCAGGAAGGACGGCCGGGACUUGAUUGCUGAGUGGCUGAGUGCCAAGCAGGGUGCCCGCUAUGUCUGGGACAAGAAGGGCCUGGAUGCGGUCAGAGAUGACUCUGUGAGCCAUCUUAUGGGUCUUUUCGAGCCCAAGGACAUGAAGUAUGAGCUGAACCGCAACACGUCCACAGACCCCUCCAUCGUGGAGAUGACGGAAAAGGCCAUCCGCAUCCUGCGCAGGAACCCCAAUGGAUUCUUCCUCUUUGUGGAAGAUGACCACAUUCCCUGUGCAGGUGGCAGAAUCGACCACGGCCACCACAGUGGCCGGGCCAAGCAGGCGCUGAUGGAGGCUGUGAUGCUGGACCGGGCAGUGGCACGGGCAGGAGAGCUCACCUCCCCUGCUGACACCCUGACCGUGGUGACGGCCGAUCACUCCCAUGUCUUCACUUUUGGGGGCAGCACACCACGUGGCAACUCCAUCUUUGGGCUGGCCCCCAAGAAAGCCAAGGACAAGCGAGCCUACACCAGCAUCCUCUAUGGCAAUGGUCCUGGCUACAGCAUCCCCAGGCCCCAGCCUCACUUCUCCUCUCCUCCUGCAGAGGACAAGGACUACAGGCAGCAGGCAGCUGUGCCCCUGGAGACAGAGACUCACAGUGGGGAAGACGUGGUGGUGCUGGCCCAGGGCCCCAUGGCCCAGCUCUUCCACGGGUGCCUGCCUCGAGCCCUACGCCACAGAGCCUGGGUGCAGGGCAGCCCGCAGGGCCUCCCAUGGCACACGGUGCUGCCCGCAGGCCCUGCUCGUCCUCCUGGCCCUCUGCAUGGCUGCCCUCACGCGGAGGAGGAGAAUCCAUCCUUCUGGUACAAGCAGGCAGCUGCAGCCAUCGAUGCCUCCUUAAAACUCCAGCCCAGGACAAAUGAAGCCAAAAAUCUCAUCCUUUUCCUUGGGGAUGGAUUCGGGGUCUCCACCAUCACAGCCACCCGCAUCCUCAAGGCACAGCAGCAGGGGAAGCUCGGGCCUGAGACCCCUCUUGCCCUGGAUUCUUUCCCCUACAUGGCUCUGUCGAAGACCUACAAUGUGGAUCGGCAAGUCCCUGACAGUGCAGGGACAGCCACAGCUUACCUCUGUGGUGUGAAGGGCAACUACCAGACAAUAGGAGUGAGCGCAGCUGCCCGCCACUCAGAGUGCAGCACCACGGCCGGCAACGAGGUGAUCUCAGUGAUGAAGCGAGCCCGCAAAGCUGGGAAGGCGGUGGGCGUCGUGACCACAACGCGGGUGCAGCACGCGUCGCCCGCGGGAACCUAUGCCCACGUGGUGAACCGGGACUGGUACGCGGACGCCAGCAUGCCCCAGGAGGCGCGGCUGCAGGGCUGCACGGACAUCGCCUGGCAGCUGGUCCACAACGUCGACAUCAACGUGAUCCUGGGUGGUGGUCGGAAAUACAUGACCCCCGUGGGGACGCCGGACCCUGAGUACCCCGCCGACAGCCGGCAGAAUGGGAUACGUGAGGAUGGGAUAAACCUCAUUGAGAAGUGGCUGGCGCCACGGCCGGGUGCCCGCUAUGUCUGGAACAGGACAGAGAUGCUGGCUGCUGCUGCCGACCCCAACGUGAAUUAUUUGAUGGGUCUCUUUGAACCCGUGGACACCAAGUACAACCUGGUGCGUAACACCACCCUGGACCCGUCACUCACUGAGAUGACAGAGGCGGCCAUCACCAUCCUGAGCAGGAACCCCAAAGGCUUCUACCUCUUUGUGGAAGGUGGCAGAAUUGACCAUGGCCACCACGAUGGCGCAGCCCAUAAGGCUCUGACAGAGGCAGUGGAGUUCGACACGGCCAUCGAGCGGGCUGGCACCAUGACAGACGAGGCUGAGACCCUCACCGUCAUCACCGCUGACCACUCCCACGUCUUCGCCUUUGGGGGCUACACCCUGCGUGGCUCCUCCAUCUUUGCUCUGGGCCAAAAGAAAACCACUGAUGGCAAGAACUACACAUCGAUCCUCUAUGGGAAUGGGCCAGGAUACCCACAUGGUGAACGGCCCAAUGUGGACCCAGAAAAAGCCAUGCAGUAUGAGUACCUGCCACAGGCAGCUGUGCCACUGCUGUCAGAGACCCAUGGCGGUGAGGACGUAGCCAUCCUGGCCAAGGGUCCCAUGGCCCACCUCUUCCACGGGGUGCAGGAGCAGACCUACGUAGCCCAUGCCAUGGCCUACGCCGCCUGCAUCGAGCCCUACACCGACUGCCGCCAGCGCAGCUCUGGCCCUACCACCCGCGCCACCCCCCUGGCCCUGCUGCUGCCUGCCCUCCUCCUGCCCCUCUUCCGCUGAUCCCGUGUCCCUAGGCCACCCCACG